AUGAAUCGAACAGCAGCAGCAGCCCUGGAUUGUUAUGAAAAGAAGCUACCACCCUGUUCCCGUACUCCCGGCUUUUCUGAGAAAAAGAUAUUCCGCUGGAAGCCCUCCUUACUCUGGCAGCAGCAACAACCUGUGUUGUCAUUUGGAGACAACUGCAGAAACAACCAACAAUCCUCGAAUAGUUUGCCCUUCAUCAGCUCAUUUACCCUUUACACGACCCGCCAGGGGGCUUUUAUUCCUUCUCUUUCUUUUAGUAGACAGCUUCUAUCUGUUUAUAUCAUACCUAUCUGCUUGACUAGAAGUACAUACACAACGCAGCUGCUAAGGGAAUCUCGCAUUUUUAUUUGCCUCGGGAAUCGUAACCCCAAGGACAACCCAGUCCAGAAAUUUCUUUUUAUAACAACUCAUCCUUCCCAAGUAGCUUUUCGACACACGCCGCACACCGCACAGACUAUACCUACCAUUCUCAUCCAUAAAACGCGCGUGAGGACUAGACAAGCAAGUGGAAAUUGCCAUCUCGAGCUUCCCUACCAUAAAAAAAACCCUGCGUUGCUAUCGCAACUGCAAUACAAGCUCAGGUUAUCAAAUAGCGCGUAG